AUGUUGAAAAUAUUAAUUUUAAGUCUUAUAUUAACUGAAAAUGUGUUUAGUUUAAUUGUUAACCCUACCCUCAAUGAGACUUUUAUACAUAAUACAUAUAAAUAUGAUGAGUUAAUAGACUUGACAGUAAAUAAGACAGUCAUGCACAUUCUUGACUUUGAAGAGGAUUCAGACAUACUCUCAGUUUAUCCAACACGAGUGCAUGUUGGAACCAAUGACAGUAUUAGUGUCGAUUACCCAUUGCUUGUCACAGCGUCACAGCAAAAAGGUAUAUCAUCAUGGGAUCUGCCUCUGGUAAUCAAUACAAAAAACAAAGUGUUGUACUUCAACGACAUGGCUCGGACGUUGUGUCCGCACGACGCGGGGCCGAAUAUCACGGCCCAGGGGCGGCCGUCGAUGACGCUGUCCACGAGUAGCCCCAACAACGUGACUGUGAAGAUCAAGGUGCGACGCGUCCAGGACUUCUAUUUGGAAGUGAAUAAGGAAGUAACUUUAAACGUGACUCCAAGCACACCCAAGUACUACUAUUUCUCGUUCGACCGCGACCCCUUGAACCUGCCUCACUCACAGCGUUCUCAUCUGUUAUUCCCCAAGUUCAACUACACGAUACCGAAAAGCGUGCUGCUCACCAUCGACUCGGACGACGACGUGUGCGCCAUCGUCUCCAUACAGUCUAACUCGUGUCCGGUGUUCGACAACGAGCGCGACGUGACGUACCGCGGCUACCACUUCACCAUGACCCGCAAGGGCGGCAUCACCGUCACGCAAUCGAUGUUCCCGCGCGGCUUCUACGUGGUGUUCAUAGUGAUGGAGAGCGACGAGCGCUGCUCGGGCGUGGCGGCGCGCGCGCACGACCGCCGCAAGACUUUCCGGUUCGAGGCGGCGGCGAGCGUGUCGGCGGCGGAGUACGCGGCGGGCGCGCUGGCCGCGCUGGCGCUCGUGCUGCUCGUGGCGCUGCUGGCGCCGCUCGCGCACGCGCUCUCCUGCGCCUCGCAUGAGACUGUAAUAAUAAUAGAAAAUGAGCCGGUCCCGUCGAGCUCGCGCGACGUGGCGGGCAUAGCUGACGACACGCCUAUCGUGUCACGGCACAGUGACGAGUUCGAAUCGGAGGUGGAGUCGGAGGCGGAGGCUGCGGCCGCGCCGCUGACGCUGGCCGGCCUCAGCCGCGCGCGCCCGCAGGCGCACUCGCGCCGCUCCUACAGGUACUUCACGAGCUCGCUGACGGUGGCGGUGGUGUACGCGCUGCCGGUGGUGCAGCUGCUCGCCACCUACCAAGCGCGCGUGCGGCAGUCCGGCGACCAGGACGUGUGCUACUACAACUUCCUGUGCGCGCUGCCGCUGGGCGCGCUGUCCGACGGCAACCACGUGGCCUCCAACGCGGGCUACGUGCUGCUGGGCGCCGCCUUCAUGCUGCAGGUGCGCUGGCGGCAGGCGCGGCGGGCCGCGGCGCCGUACCGAGGGGAUGUGGGCAUCCCGGAGCACCCGGGGCUACUGUACUCCAUGGGGCUGGCGCUGGUGAUGGAGGGUGUACUGUCCGCCUGCUACCAUCUCUGCCCCAACAAAAUGAACUUCCAGUUUGACUCGUCGUUCAUGUACGUGACGGCGGUGCUGUGCAUGGUGAAGCUGUACCAGAGCCGCCACCCCGACGUCAACGCCUCCGCCAACACCACCUUCCUGCUGCUCGCCUUCGUCAUGGCCAUCGGCGUGAUCGGCAUCAUGGACCCGAACCCGUACUUCUGGGCGGUGUUCACGAUCGCCCACUUGUCUAUCUGCUUCUUCCUAACUCUCAAGAUAUAUUACGUGGGCAAGUUCAAAAUGCCAUAUUACGUGGGUAUGUUUGCCGUGUUACUGUAUGUAAAUGAGUGUCGUUGUGGCCACGAAGGCGCGUCGCUGGCGCGGCGCGCGGUGGCGGCGCUGCGUGCGCGCGGGCGCGCCGCGCUGCGCCCCGCGCGGCCGGCGCGCGCGCUGCUGCUGGCCGUCGUCAACGUGUGCAACUGGGCGCUGGCCGCGUACGGCAUGUACGAGCACAACGGCGACUUCGCGCGCCACCUGCUGGCCGUGCUGCUCGGCAACACGCUGCUGCACACGUGCUGCUACGUGGCGCUGAAGCUGCGGCACGGCGAGCGCCUGCCGCCGGCCGCGUGGCUGUGGCUGGCGCUGGCGCCGGCCGCGUGGGCCGCCGCCGCCGCCUUCUUCCUGGACUCCCGCACCAAGUGGUCGGAGACGGCGGCGCGCUCGCGCACGCACAACGCGCCGUGCACCGCGCUGCGCGUGUUCGACUCGCACGACCUGUGGCACCUCGCCUCCGCCGCCGCUAUCUUCUUCUCUUUCAACUUGCUGCUCAUCAUCGACGACCCCCUCGCUGACACCCCGCGGCACCUCAUACCCGUCUUC